AUGAGCGAUGACUUUACAAAAAGCCCAGGAACGCCUCAUCGCACAGGAGGCCACUCCAGAGCACCAUCAGCAUCGCCCUCAGAAAUUGUUCCUUACGCAGGUUUUUUGUUUCCGGACGUGAGGGCUAUUUACACGCUAAAAUUGCACGAAUUCCCAGAAAUAGCCUGCAGUGAGGUGACACUGUUUGGCUUUGAGAUUUAUAUCGUGGAGCAGUGGGCGCUGGAACGCAGACACUCCACAAUCAUUACUUCUUAUACGGGCAAUUCACAGGACAUUGUGCGAGCGGUCAAAUUCGCACUUCCCGAAGCGCAGGAACAUUGGCCUGCUCCAUUUCGGGAAUACUACGAAGAGCUCGUUCAAUACUCUGCACCUAAGUGGACUGAAGAUGGCACGCUUUUUGUCAGUACAUCUUCUCAGAUCCCCUCUGCUCUGAAUUUACUUCAUGUUGAAUGCGGCGACCUUCGCAAAAUUUGGGACGUUUUUAAGGUUAAUAUAGACCUCAAGCGACUCCAAUGCGGCGGUCGUUCCGCACUCCUAUUGUGCGAGCCGUCAGGCGCCUCGUGUGAAAAGUUCAUACAGCUUUACAAGGUUGCGGCUCCCUCUCCAACUUCACAGGAGCAGGAAUACAGCUAUUCUACACACGCGGUGCUCGAACUCGUAACACUGGUACAGAUUUCCCUUACUUAUUUCAGCUUACUUGAUCCCAAUUAUAAAGAUGGCAUUCUUUGCACUUUCACAGAGAAUGCAAUCAAGGAGUGGUGGUCCUUGUAUGGGACUCUAUACUUGGGCUGUGACAGGCCUCGUCAUGAGGGCCCAUUGGGCCCCACAACCGUUGCAGGACUGAUCAGCCUGGUGCUGACAAUUUUUUUCAAAUUAACAGUCCUGAACUGCAUGCCCACGAAGGAGCCUUACGAUGAAAGUUCUUUCCGCAGUGGUGUUUAUCUUUUUCAAAAAAAAUUUGGCCUCUUCAAAGCUAACGUCAAAACACUCUCUGCUCUGGACCCAAUCUUGGUGUCUAAGCUUUUUGAUGUAAGGCCAAAAGCAUCGAAUACCGAUAUUUUUAAGAUCAAAAAAGCUGUCAAAUCAACUGUCCAGGAUAUCGCCGGUAAGGGCAACCCGAUGCAACUAUCUAACGAUAUCUUAACUACUGAUCUCGAUCAUCUUACGAGAAAUGUACAGGGGAAUGUUCUGUUCCUUCUUUGGCACGGUAAAAGCGCCAAACAGUCAUCUCAAAGAAAAAGGCCGAAAGAAAGUUUCAAAAACGUUGUUUUUCAUAGAGGAGACCCAACUGAUGAAAUUUUGAAGUCUAACAUCUUUGCCACGAAGUUGAGUAACGAGAUUUGGGCCAAUUCUAAAGUGAAAUUGAGCCCUCAGGAAAAUUACAAAAGUUUUGAUUUUGAGCACUCAUCUGCGCAAAGUGAGCAGCUGAGCAAUCACGAGAAAGAUGCAGUGCAAAGAAAGAAAGAAGAUGCAUAUAUCAAAAAUGAGGACGUCUCUUUUCGAAGGGAGUUGCACCGAAGGUCAUCUGCGCCAUUAAUUUCAGCGGAGGUGAAUUUCUUGCAGAUAGACUACGAAAAUGUACCUCGGUCGUCACAGCCCUGUAGCGUCGGGAAGAAUCGUCGGUUGAGUUUUUCGCUAGUACAAGAUGCUGUAGAGCUAUGGAGAUUUCCUUUUGAUCCGUCGCCUGUUAGGAGCGCUCGAAAUGUGCUGGGUAUGGAAAAGAGUCUUAAGGAACAUUCCAAACUAUUUUAUGAGGAGCAACAGCAUAUUGGUGCUGAGGCAGCGGAUAAGCGCGAACCUUUGAGCGAAGCCAGUGCUGUAUUAAAUUCCAAGUUGCAGAAAGUGGUGGAAUUGCGAGAUUCGCUUUCCACGAAGCGGUCGUUAGUUUUGAGUGACAUGUCUGAAUUGGAUUCUCUUGCUUCCAAAUUGAAGUAUGACCUUCGAAGUCUGGACGCUCGUAUGAGAGACGUUGACGAGCGCAUGGCUCAAUUCCGCUCCAAAAUCGGCAAUAUGGCAUGGUCUUUGGAACACAACAAGUCGAGUCAAUUGAUGACAUCGUCACUUUACAGCAACCCGAAGAAACUCGAUAGAUACGCGCGGGAAAUUUUGGAACGUGCAAAUGGGUUUCGAUCAAGCGGGGUGAUUUUGAAUCUGUGGAAUAAAGUUGGCAAUUUGUCGUCGCCCUUUUCAAGAGAGGUGCAUCGCUUUUGGGGCUUUUUAUGCAAACGAUUGAUACCGCAAAAGCUUUCAGGACAAUAUCGAGCUGAGAGGUCUCACAAAUAG